GCCCUUGAUCAUUAGUUAUGAUACGUUCAAAGCUGCUGUCCGCAUUACAGAUAACUACACACUCUAGAGACCGUAGUACGGAAUCAAGUAAACGAACGACAUCUUUAUAUGAUUUGAAGUCAAGGUUGCGUUACGGUAUCGUAUUCUUCAGCACUUUUGAGCGUUUUCAUGAGUAACAAGGACGGUAGUGUCAAACCUUCAAAGAAGUUUAUUUGUCAGGAAAAGCAAACCCUGGAGAGGCACGGCGAACUUUCUUGUGUCAGGUGCCCUUACCGGGGAAUAAAGCCGACUCUGUUCUGGAUAAGAUCAUGUAUACUGUUGCUGACGACUACAUGGGGGAAAAGGAAAUCGCCCAGGUUAUAGCUUUUAUAUGUGGAAUGAUCGUGAUACUAUUGAUGAUAAUGGGUUUAGCAUCAACCGAUUGGUUAAUGGCACUAGGCUGGCGACAAGGUUUAUUUAUCCAUUGCAUUGAGGAGGAUGCACCAACACCACUGCCGUUUAACAUGCCUGAUCCCGCAGGUUGCUACCAAGCCCGAAAUGUUGUAUACAUGAGAGCAGCAGGUGCACUUUGUGUUAUAUGCCUUUUGGCUGAUAUAGCGGCAACAAUAUUUACGGGUCUAGGACUUCGAUGCCAAGACCAUUGUGAUAAACACAAGUAUUACAGAUUUGCAGUAUUCUGCAUGGGAAUUGCUCUCAUCGCUCUCCUGAUAGCCUUGGUCAUCUAUCCAGUCUGUUUCACUGCGGAACUUGACUUCGGUAAUCGAGCAAUCUGGGAAUUCGGCUGGGCAUAUGGCGUUGGUUGGGGUGCAGCCAUAUUCCUAUUUGGUGGAGUUGUUCUCUUGUUGUGUGACAAAGAGAGUGAGGAAAUCUACUACAAGGAACGAAAAAUCGUGCGUGAUAAUAUCGGUGGAAGCACAAGCUGUGGCUCAAUGAUCGAUUCGGUACAUCACAGGCCACGGAGCAGAACACAUAUCGCCUAGUGGCAUUGCUCUUUGCCUGAUGUUGUCCUCUAAGGCUAAUCCCAACAAUGCAACCAUCAUUACUAUGAGACACACACAGGCAUACACAAAUGCAAAUAUUUAAAGUAAGCUCGCCAAAGGAACAUGGUCACUGUUUAACUGUGUCGACCAUCUGAAGAACAUCCAUGACUACUGUGUUGCUCUUUUUGAUGGGACUUAUGAGUAUAUUUAAAGAUUAAGUAUCAUUUGGACUUACUUGGUCAAGUUUAAUAUGUUUAGCAUAUUUCUUUGAACUUUGUCUACUUAGCAUAUAUACAAUACUUUUCUCAUAAAUA